AUGCACUGCUAUAACCGGCUAUAUCCGUAUAACAAAUCAGCUAUCGACCCGUCGUUUGUUCUAAAUGAUUUCUUCAACGUCGCUGGGAGGAUUCAAAUGGAUGAUGAUGACGAUCAGGGAUCCGAAAUUUUAUCGUCUUAUGUGAUGCCCGAUCUGAUUGCCUUGAGUGGGCUGCAUUUUUGUGGAGCGUCUGAUGUGCAAAGGCCCGCUAUUCAAACCAUCGAGGAGUUGAGCUUGAUGUCUUGGGCUGGCGGAACUGCGGAUCUGUCUGCACUAGUUGAGACAGGGAGUGUUAGGAUUGAGGGGCCUUGGGAGUAUGACUCUCUGUUGAGGGUAAUCAUGACUCUUCUGAUAUUGGUACACAGUAUCAACUGCGAGCUGAACAUGGAUGACAUCUACAACACUGAUUCGGAUGCCGCAGUAUCAGUGAAUCUGCCUGUUUUGGAGUCUGCGACAUACGGUUAA